AUGCCAGAGCCGGUCCAAAAAACAGUCUCAGCAUUUGCCAAGAAACCAAAGACUCAGGUGGCAGAGGAAGGGGCAACAGUGGUUUUUGAGACAGAGACAGAGAAGCCUGAUGCGAAGGUGAGAUGGCAGUGCAACACAAAGGACCUUGUCUCGGACGACAAGUAUGUGAUCAAGGCAGAUGGAAACAAGCACUCACUUACCAUCCAAGAAGUCACCAAGGAGGACGGCACUGCCUAUGCAGUGAUUGCCGGAGGGUCAAAAGUCAAGUUUGACCUAAAGGUGAAGGAGAAAGAAGUCAUGGAGGAAGUCAAAUUGGAAUUGAAGGAGAAAAGAAACAUUCAGUUCUAUGAGUCUCUCAUUGUUAACUCUUUGUUACCAGAGGAAGCCCAGGGUGGAGCAGGGGACCCAGCAGCUUCAGAUCCAGCUGCUACAUACACUGAAGCUCCAGUGAAGGCCCCAACCCCAGCAGAGACCCCUGCAGCAGCGGACACUACACCAGCAGCACCUCAGCCAGGUGCCAAUAUACAGGCACAUGACACUCCAGGAUUUGAUGAAAGUCAAGCCCCUGACACGAAGACAGACCUCACUGGCCUGUUUACAGAGAAACCCCAGAGUGGGGAGGUCACUGUGGGUGAGAACAUACAUUUUGUGGCUAAAGUGAAUGCUGCUUCACUGCUGAAGAAGCCCACCAUCAAGUGGUUUAAGGGGAAGUGGAUGGACCUGGCUAGCAAGUCUGGAAAGAACCUGCAGCUCAAGGAGCUUUAUGAUCGUAACUCUAAGGUCUACACCUUUGAGAUGCAGAUCAUUGCAGCCAAGCCCAGCUUCGCUGGAGCUUACAGGUGUGAGGUGUCAUCCCGGGACAAGUUCGACAGCUGCAACUUUGACAUAACUGUGCAUGAGGCCCGGGCUGUGGAGGGGUUUGACAUCAGGGCAGCUUUCAGGCGCACCAGUAUGGAUGGAAGCGAGGAAGCAGGAGAGUUGGACUUCAGUGCCUUGUUGAAGAAAAGAGACAGUUGUUUUAAAGGUUCACCAGGUCAUCGUGCCUCUAAGUCCCAGGUCAAAAGUGAGCCUGAUGAGGAUGUAUGGGAAAUCCUCCAGAAGGCUCCAGCCAGUGAGUAUGAGAAGAUUGCCUUCCAGUAUGGCAUCACAGACCUGCGUGGGAUGUUGAAGAGGCUGAAGAAGAUGAAGAAGGAGGAAAAGAAGAGUGAAGUUUUCCUAAAGAAGCUGGACCCUGCCUACCAGGUAGAAAAAGGGCAUAAAAUGAAACUAUGCAUUGAUGUGGCCAAUGAAGACGUAGAUGUAAAAUGGUUGAAGAAUGGGCAAGAGAUUCAAUCAACUGGAAGCAAGUACAUCUUUGAGAGUGUUGGCAACAAGCGAUACCUCACCAUCAACCACUGCUCACUGUCAGACGAUGCCACAUACACUUGUGUGGUCGGAGAUGAGAAGUGCACCACAGAGCUCUUUGUCAAAGAGCCUCCUGUCACUAUUACAAGUAAUCUGGAGGACCAGAUGGUCAUGAAGGGUGAGCGGGUGGAGUUAGAGUGUGAGGUGUCAGAAGAAGGGGCUACUGUCAAAUGGGAGAAAGAUGGUGUGGAGCUGACAAGGGAUGAGUCCUUCAAGUACCGCUUCAAGAAAGAUGGCCGCAAGCACGUCCUCAUCAUUAAUGAGGCAACUAAGGAGGACUGUGGCCACUACACAGUCAAAACCAAUGGCGGUGAAUCUAUGGCUGAACUCAUGGUGUCGGAGAAGGAACUGGAGGUGUACCAAAACAUUGCUGACCUCACGGUGAAGGCAAAGGACGAGGCUGUGUUUAAGUGUGAGGUCUCAGAUGAGACUGUGAAGGGUAUCUGGUACAAGAAUGGAGUGGAAGUGAAGGCCGAUGCCAGGACCCAUAUUACACACAUUGGCAGGAUCCACAAGCUCACUAUUGAUGAUGUCAAACCUGAGGACCAGGGUGACUACACCUUUGUUCCAGAGGGAUACGCAUUCAACCUCUCAGCCAAACUCAACUUCCUGGAGGUCAAGAUCGAUUAUGUGCCUCGCCAAGAUCCUCCAAAGAUCCACCUUGACUGCAUGGGUCACACGGCCGACUCCACCAUAAUGGUGGUGGCUGGGAACAAGCUGCGACUGGACGUGCCCAUCACUGGAGACCCAGCGCCUACAGUGGUCUGGACAAAGGGAGAAAAGGUGAUGACAGAGGGAGAUGGAAGGCUCCACGUGGAGAGCACCAAGGGACACUGUAUCUUCACUAUUGAGGGAGCGGAUAAACAGGACGAGGGCCUCUACUCUGUGAUUGUGCGGAACCCUGCUGGGGAGGACAAAGCUGACAUUAACGUCAAAGUUGUUGAUGCGCCAGACCCUCCCUCGGCCCCAAGGAUCCUCAGUGUUGGAGAGGACUCCUGCGUUGUCCAGUGGGACCCCCCUAAGUCAGAUGGUGGCAACCCGAUCAUUGGCUAUGUGAUGGAGAGGAAGAAGAAGAAGAGCUACAGGUGGAUGAGGCUGAACUUUGACCCCUACACUGAUACUACCUAUGAGGCCAAGAGGAUGAUAGAGGGUGUGGAAUAUGAGAUGCGUGUCUAUGCAGUGAACGCCAUUGGCAUGUCAUGUCACAGCGCGGCCUCACAACCUUUCAUCCCAGUGGCCCCAACCAGUGAGCCCGUCGGCCUGUGCGUGGAUGACAUCAGUGACACUACCAUCUCACUGAAGUGGAGAACCCCGGAGCAUCUGGGUUCGUCUGAGCUGGAUGGCUAUGGGGUCGAGUACUGCAAGGAGGGCUCUGAUGAAUGGGUGCCAGCUUUCGAGGGUCUGACAGAGAGGACAUCUGUGAUCAUCCGGGACCUGCCGACCGGGGAGAAGAUGCAGUUCCGUGUCAGAGCCUACAACAUGGCAGGGCCCAGUGCACCUACCUCCCUAGCACAGGCCGUCACUAUCCACGAGAUCAUGCAGAAACCCAAAAUCUGGAUUCCUAGAAAUCUCCGUCAGACCCUCAUCAAGAAAGUGGAGGAGACAAUCAACCUUGUGAUCCCUUUCCAGGGCAAGCCUAGGCCUGUGAUCACCUGGAGUAAAGAUGGGGAGCCUCUGAACCCGAAGCAGGUCAGCGUCCGGAACAGCGACACCGAUACAAUCCUAUUCAUCCGCAAGUCAGAGAGGAAGGACUCUGGGAAGUACGAAGUCAAGCUGCAGAUUGAGAAUGUUGAGGACACAGCCAGCAUCUCAAUUCAAAUAGUCGAUUUGCCUGGGUCUCCAGAGAAACUGAAGAUCAUGGAUGUUUGGGGCUUUAACGUGGCUCUGGAGUGGAAGCCACCCAAAGACAAUGGAAAUUGUGAAAUAACCGGCUACAUGGUUCAGAAGGCUGACAAGAAGACCAUGGAAUGGUACACUGUCUAUGAGCUAUAUAGGCGAACUAACUGUGUGGUGGCUGAUCUCAUCAUGGGGAAUGAAUACAUCUUCCGUAUCUACGCUGUGAACAUGGUAGGCCUCAGCCUAGAGCCCUGCUUCUCAGCAGACAGUGCCUACAUCCAGAAAACAGGUUUCGAAUACAAGCCUCCAACCUACAAGGAGCAUGACUUUUCUGAGGCGCCUAAGUUCACACACCCUCUAGUGAGCCGUUCAGUCAUAGCAGGCUACAACGCCACCCUCAGCUGCUCUGUCAGAGGCAUCCCCAAGCCCAAAGUGACAUGGUACAAAAACAAGAUGGACAUCUCCAACGAGGCCAAGUACCGUAUGUUCAGUAAGCAGGGCGUACUCACCCUGGAGAUCCGCAAGCCCUGCUCAUUUGAUGGGGGAGUGUACAUGUGCAAAGCAGUCAACGCCAGUGGAGAAGAUGUAGUGGAGUGCAAGCUAGAGAUUCGCCCUCAAAUCACCAAAGAGGAGAAGGAUAAGCAGAUGAACAAGGCCGAUUAGGUGUAAAGAAGCCGGUUGAAGAUAGGGUGGAUGUCCCGUCUCAUCCUACACGGACCUCCACUGGGACCCUGGCCAGACUACAGCUCAAUGUGAAGAGACCAGAGAUAAUCCAUUAGCUUUCAUUUCCCUGUGUCCCACUACCACCCUGUUAUGUGCACAUGUCAAUCUUCCCCGUUCCCUGUUGUGAAAUCAUCUUACAUAGGUCAUCCAAUACAUUACAUUCAUCCACAUUGGGUUAUUGUACCUUUAUUUAUUUCAUGGAAUAAUUUGAGGAGUAGCAAAGGAUUGCAUUGUUUGAUUCACUCUUGCAUCCUUUGUAGAAUAAGAUUAUUGAGUAUUAGUGGCAAAGAUCAUUUGUUUUAUGUAUGAAAAAUAAAUGCAAAGCUUUGUCAA